AGUUAAACGAAUGUUACCCAUUAAUUAAGGAACGGUCUGUUUGUUCUCACAUCAGCCCGGACUGGUUUUGGUGGGUACCUGUGUUCAGUGUCUUAGUGCCGUUAGGAAACAAGCUCCGAUUUGACAAACUUCCGUAGCGUUAUUUGGGUGUCCUCGCUAACACAAGAUGGCGCUGCGAGCCUGUGGUUUCAUUGUGUUUCGACGUCUUGCAAGUUGUGUUGCUCCACCGGACAACAUAGAGUUCCUCCUCUUGCAGACUUCAUACGGACAGCACCACUGGACCCCUCCUAAAGGCCAUGCGGACCCAGGGGAAGAUGACCUCACCACAGCUCUUAGAGAGACAAAGGAAGAGGCAGGCCUUAGCGCAGAGGACCUUCAGGUCAUCGAUGGAUUCUUGAAGGAGCUCCGCUAUGAGGUGAAAGGCCAACCCAAGGAGGUGCUCUACUGGCUAGCCGAACUCCGAGACCCAGGGACAGAGGUCACCCUGUCGGAUGAGCACCAGAACUAUCGCUGGGCUCGCUUGGAGGAUGCCUGCACUUUGGCCCAACACAAAGACAUGCAAGACACUCUGAGAGCAGCCUGCAGACACUUGGAGGCACGCCAGGAGAAGCAGUGACACAUGGGCAAUUCUAGAAUUGCAUUGUCAAGUACCUCCUCAAUAUUCUCAAUGAAAUGAGUUAGGUGAAUAGUAUAGAGGGAGUCUUUGGUUUCCAACAGCAAUUUUAUGUGUAAGUCGGAAUCCCCCGUAGUCUUAUCACUAACCUACAUUAACAAAGUAAUAAAGAUAGAAUUACAGUAGAUAUUUGUUGGAGAAACACUUCAAGGCCAUAAAUAUGAAGAAAUGAAAAACAUAAUACAAUACAAUGGUUACUGAGCAUGCCUCCUUGUGCUGUUUGACAACAUAUUUUUAGGGGACAUGUCAUAUGUCUGGAUCAUUGUAAGCAAAAUAGUCAAGUAUUUUGCACACAUUCUGUGAUUAUAUUAUUGAUAGAUUUUAAGUGUUGUCUUGGCUUUCCGUGUCACCCUUACUUCAUGUGUUCAAUACUUUUCCCUCCAUGUCAUUUCACAUGAUUACAACUUAAUUUCUGAUCAUA